GUUCUUGGGUUAGUGUCAUACCAAGCAGAGUCCUCUCCAGUCGAUACCUCACCACCCUCCCCAUCCUUUUCUCUCCAAUAUUCUCCGAUAAAUCUAGUUUUGGCGGACUACCGCGAAGGGAAACAACGCAUCAUGAUUUAACGACGGUUUGAAAGUAGUGUAUAGAUCUGACAAAUAGUGAAUGAAAGAUUCCAAAAUGGCGUCAUUAUCCAACGAGAGUCCCCUGAGAAGCGGAAAUGGAACCGGUAAAACCGCCAGUGCUACUGUCCGACCACUGUCCGCCUCUAGGAUUCCUAUGCCAGCUAAUAUCCCUCCUGCCGUACAGUGUUCAUACGCUGCGUGCUACUGUGAAGAAAACGUGUACAAGUUGUGUGAAUCUGUUAAAGAGACAUCUGGUAAUGAAGUGGAGAAAUGUGUUGUCGUCUUCGUCUCUAACAAGAAGCGUGUUGUGCCCUUGUGGCGGCAGAAGGCUGGGAGGGAGGAGGAGAAGUUAGUUAUCUGGGAUUAUCAUGUUAUUCUACUGUAUAAACCAGAUCACCGAACACUAGUUUAUGAUUUGGACUCAGAACUACCUUUUCCAACAUAUUUUCACAAGUAUGUGACAGAAACAUUCAGAACAGAUGCAAUCCUAAACCAGGAGUACCAUAGAUUAUUUAGAGUUAUACCAGCCACGACCUUCCUUGCAACGUUUGCCUCAGACAGACGGCAUAUGAGAAAGGAGGAUGGUAGCUGGUUGAAACCUGCUCCUUCCUAUCCUUGUAUAUCAUCACCUACCAGCCAACAUAACCUUGAUGAGUUUAUCAGUAUGGAUGCUGGAGGGAUAGGAGAUGUUCUCUCUCUUACAGAGUUUGUCAAGAUGUUCCACACAGUCUAGGAGAUCUAAAUACAAUGCAGUGAUUAGAUCUAUCUGUUUCAAGUGCAGUGGACAAUUUGCUUUCAUUUCAUUCAAAAAUAAAACUAUUUCAGCUGUAAAUACUAAUAUAAAGUUAUUGCAGCCGCAAGUAUUAUGUGAAAACUUACUUUGUCAUAUAUUUUGCUCUUCAGCUUAAAAAAAAACAAUAUAUUUGUGGCUGGAGUAAUACUGUAAAGUACAUCAUAUAUUAUUUAUUUGUCUGAAAUAUGAAGCAGUGUUUAAUGUUUAUACAAUGUGAACUAAUAUAUAUAUUUCUCUGUCUCGUUAUGCCUUCUCUAUUCAGCUUGAUACAACCGUAUAUAAAGCACGCUAAUUUCUACUCAAUUUUAAUAUUUAUACGUUUGUUUUGUGAUAAACUAUCCAAAUAUUUUUAUAAAUCAUUUUACUGAGAUCAGAUGUGGUCCACAAAUCAUAUUUUACAUGUAAACAGUAUUUAACGAACAAAAAAUAUGGGACUUAAUAACAAUGCAAAAAAUUAUUCAGUUCUAAAUUUUUCCCUACAUAAUCUAUCGAAAAAAUUUAUGCUUUACACCAUACUUAAAAAUUUCAG